GAAAUCAAAACCUCAACUUUUCAAAUAUACUGGCCUACAUCUCUCUACAUUACAACUACUAAAUACACAAUUCCCGAAACAUACCCCAGGCAGGAGGCAGCCUGAUUAAAGGGUAGUUAAUGAAAUUAAUAAUCAGAUUUAAUAAUUGAAAAGUGUGGGGAAAAAGAGAGAGAAUAAUUCUUACUUCUUCGUUUCUGUUGUUGAUCACCUAGUUAACAGAAUCCUUCAAAGAAUAAAACAGUGAUUAAUGAAAAAUUAAGACAUGGGAACCCUUUCUUCUGCCACUGUCUAUUCUCAUCAUCUUUUCAAAUUGGCCAUCACUUUUGCUUUUGGCUACCACUUAACUUAUUGUAGUUUGGAGUAAUAUGAGUAACAAAGAAUCUGGGAGAGGAAGUUGUUGGAAUUGUGAGAAUAUAAUGCAAUGCUUCAGUUCUAGAGAACAGAUGAAAGUGGAGGAUAUGUUGAAAUUAUCUGAUACACUUGGUGAAUCCCAGCCUAGGCCUGAUACUGUCAAUAUUGAAGAAGCAGAAUCGUCUCUUCGUGAAACUGGUGGUUUGAAUUAUGAGGAAGCAAGAGCCUUGUUGGGAAAAUACGAGUAUCAGAAGGGAAACAUAGAGGCAGCUUUACAUGUAUUUGAAGGGAUUGAUGUUAUCUCAGUCACUCCUAGGAUGAAACUUACCCUUGCAAGAAUUAGAGAUCGUCCGAAAAGGCGUUCUCAAGGGGAUCCCAGUCCACCCAUGUCUAUACAUACUGUUACUCUAUUGUUUGAUGCCAUGCUGCUUAAAGCAAAAUCUUUGCAGUCCCUUGGGAGGUAUAGAGAAGCUGCUCUAUCAUGCAAAACUAUUCUGGAAAUCAUUGAAUCUUCUUUACCUGGCGGCUUGCCCGAAAAAUUUAGUGCUGACCCUAAAUUGCAGGAGACACUUGCUAAAGCUGUGGAGUUGCUUCCUGAUUUAUGGAAGCUCGCUGAUUGCCCACAUGAAGCAAUUUUUUCUUACCGGCAGGCCCUUUUACAUCAUUGGAACCUUGAUGCUGAAACUGCUGCCAAAAUACAGAAAGCAUUUGCUGUUUAUCUAUUGUACAGUGGUGCUGAGGCAAGUCCUCCGAAUUUGCGUUAUCAAAAGAAUAAUUCAUUUGUACCUAAAAGCAAUUUAGAAGAGGCUACUCUACUUCUUAUGCUUCUAUUUGGAAAAGUGAUCAGGCAAGAGAUCGAGUGGGACCCUUCAAUUAUCGAACAUUUGUCAUUUGUAUUAAGUGUUUCAAAUCAUCCUCGGUCUUUAGCUUGCGUUAUAGAAGCUUUACCUCCCGGGAUUAUUGAUAGAAAGGAGAUGUACCAUACUCUAGCCCUUUGUUAUCAUGCACAUGGUGACAAUUUUGCUGCUUUAAAUCUUCUGAAGAAGCUAUUGCAUCAUUCUGAGGAUCCUAAUCAUAGUUCCGGCAUACUAAUGGCGUCGAAAUUAUGCAGUGAAAACCCGACCUUGGCUGAGGAGGGGAUUGCAUAUUCUCAAAGAGGCCUAGUCAAUAAGGAGGACAGAUGCCAUUAUACAGUUGGGCGCUUUUACUCGUUAUUGGGAGUGUCAUUUGCAGAGCAUGCUCGAUCAGCAGUAGCGGAUUCUGAGCGGGUUACUCGGCAGUUAGAAGCUGUCCAGGCACUGGAAUCUGCUGUGAGUGUGACGGAAUGUAGUGACUCUAUUUCUGUUUACGAUCUAAGUCUACAAUAUGCUUUGCAGAGGAAUUUGGAUGCUGCAUUAUAUUAUUCUAAGCUAUUGUUAAAGUUGGAUGGUGGAACCGACACUAAAGGAUGGCUGUUGCUAGCACGAAUUUUGUCGGGGCAGAAAUGUUUUGUUGAUGCCGAAACAGUCAUAGAUGUCGCUUUAGAUCAGACCGGGACGUGGGAUCAGGGAGAGCUGUUGAGAACUAAGGCUAAACUUCAAGUUGCUCAGGGAUUUUUGAAAAAGGCCAUUGACACGUAUAUGCGACUUCUUGCUGUUAUACAACUUAAAACGAAGAGCUCUGGUUCUGGAAAGAGCGUUGAGAAUCAUGAUCUGAAGUUAGAACUACAAACAUGGCUUGAUCUAGCUUGUAUCUAUAUCAACAUAUCACACUGGAAUGAUGCUGAAAUUUGUCUGUCUAAAGCCAAAAACAUCAAUCCUAAUUGUGCUUCGAGAUGGCAUACGUUAGGUUUAUUCUAUGAAGCAAAAGGCCUUUACAAGGAAGCUCUGAAUACUUUUAAUAUGGCUUUGAAUAUCGAUCCUUGUCAUGUGCCCAGUUUACUCUCCUCAGCUACUGCGCUCAAACGGCUUAAUACCAAGUACAACGUGGUUAUUAGAAGCUACUUAAUGAACGCUCUCAAACUCGAUAGGACUAAUCAUGUAGCUUGGUAUAACCUGAGCAUGCUAUGCAAAACAGACGAUGAAUCAUCGAAUGUUGAUGCUGCCGAAUGCUUUGAAGCUGCGGCGUUUCUUGAAGAGACGGCUCCUGUGGAACCCUUUAGAUGACCCGAUGAUGGAUCGACCUGGUUGUGUAACUGUAUAGCUCUUACAUACAACUUUCUUUUAUUGUCCGGAUUGUUGCAUAUAGAUGAAGAUUGAAGAGCAAUAAAAUGAUUUUUUUCUUUUUUCUUUUUUUGUUUGGAGUAAAUUUCUUUUACACUUUUUGUAAAAUGGAUAGCUUGCCUUUAUGUAAAUAGAAGUGGUCUUAUUACAAAGCUUUACAAAUAAGUGGAAAUGCAAAUGUUGAUUACUAGAAGUAUUACUAAUUAUCAUAUGUCAAUCAUCUUUUUUUUUUUUAACUUUUUUAUUUUUUAUAUACAUAUUUCUUAUUAUGUAUUUGUAAAUCAAUAGAUACUAUUAUGGAUAUUUUUGCGUUUAAUGUUUUGAAUAUCAUCAUCGUAUUCAAUA